UUUGGACGUGUAAACCUGCGUGUAAAACACUUCUUUUAGACUCGUUAACUUAUAAACUUCCUUAUAAAGGCCAACUAAGUCAAACCUUCGUUCCUAUACCUUCUCAAUUUCUCUGCAGAAUAUUAAACCUCUAAAUCUAUACAUGCUAAUAUUUGUGGAGAUGAAGAUAUUACCUCAGCAUCAGAAUUCUUUCAACUUCAGUACUAUAUUAUUACUAGUAUCCAGCCUUACUCUCAUCGUUUCUUAUAUGUCCGUGGAUGUUAAUUGUUUUGUUGCAUUCAACGACGAUAGAAAAUCAAAUGAUCAACUAGCGUUAAUUGCUUUUAAGAAUGAAAUAAUACAUGAUCCACUCGGAAUAUUGAGUUCGUGGGAUAACAGUAAUAGUUCUCUUCAUUUCUGCGAGUGGAGAGGCGUUACAUGUAGUCGUCGCCAUCGUAGUCGAGUUACCGUGUUAGAUCUUAAUUCUCAGGGAUUGGUAGGCUCCAUUUCUCCUCAGGUUGGAAACCUUAGCUUUCUUAACUAUCUCAUCCUCCACAACAACAGCUUAAACGGAGAAAUCCCUCAGCAAAUCGGUCGUCUUUUUCAAUUGAAACGCUUGGGUCUUUCAAAUAAUUCCUUGGAAGGAGAAAUUCCGCACAAUAUAUCUCGUUGCUCCAGUCUCACGUACCUUGAUAUUUUAAACAACCGGCUUACCGGAAGAAUUCCAAAUGGAUUAGGCUACUUGCCAAAUCUUGAAAGGAUGUUGCUUGCUGGAAAUAAUCUAACAGGAGAUAUUCCUACUUCAUUAGGUAACCUUUCAUCAUCUCUUACUCAACUUGAUCUUGGUUUUAACAAAUUGGAGGGAAGAAUCCCUAACGCUCUAAGUCAAUUAACAAACUUAAAAGUUCUGGUUCUAGAGAUGAAUAGGUUAUCAGGUCAUGUCCCUUCUUCACUCUAUAAUAUUUCAUCACUUGAAAAAUUCUCAUUGAUGUAUAAUCAUCUCCACGGUAGUAUUCCAUUUAAUAUUGGUUUCACACUUCCAAAUCUUACGCAUUUUUCGAUUCAAGAAAACAAUUUCACUGGAACCUUUCCUAUUUCAUUUUCCAAUAUGUCGAGACUUGAGAUGUUCCAAGUGGGAACAAAUAAUUUAGUUGGAUUAAUCCCUCAUAACCUUGGUAACUUAAAAAGUCUUAGAGUGAUACAAUUAAGAGAAAACAGUCUUGGCAGUGGACAAGCUGAUGAUCUAAACUUCCUCGAUUCUCUAGUAAAUUGUACCAAUUUGAGGGUUUUAAUUGUAGGCAUCAACAAUUUUGGGGGCACAUUACCAAGCUCUAUAUCCAAUCUCACAACAAAUCUUGGUCAACUAGAUUUCAGUAGCAAUCAGAUAUAUGGAAGCAUUCCUCCAGGUAUUCAGAAUCUUCAAGGUUUAACGACCCUCAUUUUGGGUUUUAACUAUUUAACAGGAGGUAUUCCUCCAGGUAUUGGGAACCUGCAAAAUUUAGGAAUAUUAUUUUUGGAUAAUAAUGAACUCUUGGGUUCAAUUCCUUCUUCUAUUGGUAACUUAACAAGACUGAUCCAAUUCACUCUCAAUAAUAACAACUUAACAGGUUUAAUUCCAUCCAGUCUUGGAUAUUGUAAAUCUUUGCAGAGCUUGGAGCUACAAACCAACAGACUAAGUGGUAGUAUACCCAAACAAGUUUUCGAACUUUCCUCUUUAUCACUUGGUCUGGACUUAAGUAAUAACUCAUUUACCGGUGAACUUCCUACGGAAGUUGGUCAGUUAAAAAACCUUGGGGAGUUGUACCUAGACAUAAACAAACUAUCCGGUGAAAUUCCAAGUAGCAUAGGCAGUUGUUUAGGCUUAAAAUACCUAAAUUUGGAGAAUAACUUUUUCCAAGGUAACAUUCCUCAAACUUUUACUUUCUUAAAAGGUCUUGAUCGGUUAAGUCUUUCCCGCAAUAAUUUGUCUGGUACAGUACCAAAAGGGUUUGAAAAUCUUACGCUAAGUGGAUUAGAUAUAUCUUAUAAUAAUCUGGAGGGAGUGGUACCAAAAGAUGGAGUAUUUAAGAACAUAGCAACGUUUUUGUAUGAAGGAAAUAGUAAGCUUUGUGGUGGUAUACCUGACUUGAAGCUGCCGAAUUGCUCCGUCCCAAUAAAUCCCAAUAUGGAGCGUAAACGGAGAAAUUCAAAGCCAGUCAAAGUUAUAGUAAUCAGCAUAGUUACUGUGGUUUUACUUUUAACUUUGGGUAUGUUUUGUCUCUAUAUGUAUCGGAGAAGGAAGUCAAAAAAUGAACUACCUUUGACAACUUUAGACGUAGGAAACCAGUACAUGGGAGUUUCUUAUGGUGAGCUUCUUAAAGCUACUAACGGGUUUAAUGAGUCUACCAACUUGCUUGGCGUCGGAAGUUUUGGUUCCGUGUAUAAAGGAGUUCUUCAACAAGAUGAAUCAAAACCUAUUGCAGUGAAGGUUCUUCACCUUCAACAAAGAGGUGCAACCAAGAGUUUCAUGGCUGAAUGUAAUGCUCUGAGAAAAGUUAGACACAGAAAUUUACUAAAGAUUGUAACUUGUUGUUCGAGUAUUGAUUGUCAAGGUAAUCCUUUCAAAGCUCUAGUUUUUGAGUUCAUGGUUAAUGGGAGUCUAGAGAAUUGGCUGCACCCGACUGUAAGUGAUACAAACAAUGACGAUCAACUACAAGAGAAGAAUUUGAACCUAGAAAGAAGAUUGAGCAUUGCAGUUGAUGUUGCUUCUGCAUUAAAUUAUCUUCACCAUGAUUCUCAAUCACCCAUUGUGCAUUGUGAUGUGAAGCCAAGUAAUGUUCUUCUUGAUGAUGAUUUAGCAGCUCAUGUGGGUGAUUUUGGAUUGGCUAAAUUCAUUUUUAUUCCCUCAAGUAAUUCUAGACAACCGAACGAACAAGACGCAAGCUCACUUGCAAUAAAAGGCUCCAUCGGUUAUGUUUCUCCUGAAUAUGGAAUGGGUGGUGAAGCGUCAACAAGAGGUGACGUGUAUAGCUAUGGGAUUCUUUUGCUAGAGAUGUUCACAGGAAAGAGACCAACCGACGAUAUGUUUAAGGAUGGUCUAAACAUUCACAGAUUCUGCAAGAUGCAUGUAUCGCCAGAGCACGUUGUGGAGAUAAUCGAUUCACGUUUGUUGUUGGAUGUAGAAGGAGUCCAUCGUGAUGUUAAUGAAAGAGAUACAAUGAGACAAAUCUUGGCUUCCUUAAUUCAGAUUGGUGUCAAAUGUUCUUCGGAGUUACCUUCGGAUAGAAACAGCAUGAAUGAGGUUAUUAUAAAUGUUCAAGGGGUUAAGAAUCGGUUUCAUGGUGUUGGGAGGUAAUCAGAGAAAAUAACUCCUUUCAGAAUCCAUGAAGUCCACCGUAUCUCUAUAUUCAAGGGGUUAAGAAUCGGUUUCAUAGUGUUGGAAGGUUACGUAGUGCUAUAAUUACAAUUAAUCUGAAUUUUGAGCUCUAUAUUCAUACCCAUAAAUGUGUACGUGUGUUCUAUCCAUCGUAUCUUGGUGGAUUUCUAAUUGUCUGUUCUUUCUUUUUCAUGCUUUAGUAAUUUAUCAAACAUUUUGUGUUGGAAAAUUGACACUAAAACAUGGUGAAGAAAAGAAUGUUGUAUUAAGGUUCAAGGCUCUAAUGAAAGAUUCUUUUCAACAA